AUGUACUCCAAGUUCUGGCCAAAAGGGGGUCUCCCAGGAAUCCUGCACCAUUAUACUGAGUCCCUCGUCACAUUCGAAUACACCAAUGCCGCCGUCCGUAAACCUCACAGUCUUCUCUUCGUCGGUGGUCUCGGCGAUGGCCUCGCAACAACAUCCUACAUGGCCGAUCUAGCCAAGGCCCUCCAGCCAACCGAAUGGUCCCUCUUCACGCUCAACCUCACAUCCUCCUACCAAUCCUGGGGCCUUGGCCACUUAGACCGCGACACAAAUGAGAUCGCACAAUGCAUCCGCUAUAUCAAGGAAUACAAGACUGAGAAGUUCGGCGAGGGAAAAAUCGUCAUGAUGGGCCACUCAACCGGCAGCCAGUGCGUCAUGCACUACCUCUACCGACCGAACCCGCACCUCUCCCAACCGGCUUUCGAUGCCGGCCUCGAGCACACAGACCGCUUACCCCUGGACGGAGCGAUUAUGCAGGCACCGGUCUCCGAUCGGGAGGCUGUGCAGUUGUGCAUUGAGCAUGGAUUUGGCAGUAACUCGCCAGACCAGAUGCGGGAGAUCUGCGAUAAGAUGGAGUCCAUUGCAAAAGAGGCUUUGAAGUCGAAUAGUACCUAUGACACUAUGUUGCCGCUUGAGUUGACAUCUGCUAUCUACCCGUCCAAUACGCCAAUUAGCUGUCGUCGGUUCUUGAGUCUUUAUAGCCCUGAGAGCCCUCAUAUCCCGGGUGAAGAUGAUUUGUUCAGUGCGGAUCUGAGUGAUGAUCAGCUGGCUGCGACGUUUGGUUUGAUUCAGCAGCAGGGACUGUUGAGGCAUAGACUGAUGGUCUUGUACUCUGGGGCUGAUCAGGCCAUUCCUGGCUGGGUUGAUAAGGAAAAGAAUCUGGCCCGGUGGAAGAAGGCCGUUAAUCACGGUGAUAAGUUCCAAAUCUGGGAUGACAAGCACAGUGCUAUUAUCCCCAAUGCUUCUCAUGCGUUGAGUAACGAUGAUCAAGCUGAGCCGCGCAAGUUCCUUGUUGGCAAGGUUACGGGAUACCUGGAAACCGCACUUGCGAAAUAG